AUGACAGCAAGAACAACAGCUGAAGCCCUAUUUAAUAACUUUAUAGCUUACUAUGGCAUACCAUCAAGAAUCCACAGUGACCAAGGAGCAAACUUUGAAAGCAAAAUCAUAAAGGAACUGUGUAACAUCACCGGCAUUAAGAAAUCUAGAACAACUCCAUAUCAUGCAAUGGGAAACGGGAUGACAGAACGCUUUAAUAGGACAUUGUUGGACAUGCUAGGAACAUUGGAGCCACACCAGAAAUCUAACUGGAAGCCACAUGUUGCACCGUUAGUCCAUGCAUACAAUUGCACACGCCAUGAGAGUACCAAUCAGUCACCUUACUACCUCAUGUUUGGACGGGAACCACGGCUUCCAGUGGACUUGGCUUUUAGUAUUAACAACACGCAACAGAAAACAUUGUCCAAAUACAUAGAAGACCUUCGCCACAAAAUGAAGAAAGCUUAUGAAAUUGCAACGUCAUCAGCAACAGCAGUUCGUUCUAAACAAAAAGAAGUGACAAGAGGAAACAACGUCAAAGAAGGAGAUAGGGUUUUAGUGAAGAUGAUCAGUUUUGAUGGCAAACAUAAAAUAGCGGACAGAUGGGAGGAGGAGAUUUACAUAGUACUGAGACAACUAAAUCCCACAAUACCAGUGUAUGUUGUCAGGAAGGAGAGUGGUGAGGGAAGGAAGAGAACUUUACACAGGAACCUUCUACUUCCCAUAGGUCAUCUGGAUAGCUUUAGAGAAUCCAGAAGGACAAAGCCAGAUAUAACUGCUGCUGAAUCAACAAACAAUAGUAAGAGGAAUCAUCGACCAGAACGAGUACAAGAGACCACUAGUGAUAGUAAAUUUAAGGAAGAGUCAGAUAAUGAGGUACCGGUACCAAGAUUUAGUCAAGACAUCCCACAUGAUGUUAAUGACGAGGAAGAAAGUCAGUUAGGUAUAGAAGUUGGGGAAGCUCAACAUGCUGAAGAUUCAGACGAAGAAACUGAACAUCAGCAACCUAUGACUGACCAGUUAAGAGAGAUGUCACAGGGUGACAAUAGUCAAGUAUCAGAUGCUGCUGAGAAUCUGAAGAAACACUAG